AUGCCAAACUUAGUGUUUGAAUCUAUUCUAUUUAUUGGCUCAAGGAAUUCCCCCAAACUAUUUAUCCGUGUUGCCAAGCGCCGAAGUAAUCGUCCAUAUAGUGAACUAGGAAUGUCUCUUGAAACACGCGAACUUCUAAUUGGGUCAUGGUCAUUUUCUUCAAAUGGUUUUAUUCUCACCAUUCAGGACUUUGGGUCUAGUAACAAUGAAAUUGAACAAAGCAGCAGUGAUGAACUCAUUGACCUACAAUCUCUUGCCACCCAUAUGACGGAAAGUGAAGCCUCUUCACUAGCUGUAAUGGCCUCCAAUAUUUCUCCGUCAGGUGCUGAUAGUACCACUCCUUCCUCAAUAUUAUUGCCUUCUCUCACUUUCUGCCACUCUACGAUAGUAACCACAACAGCAAGUUCAAAUCCAACAAUUUCCCAAAUCAACGAUACAUCUGGGUUUGCCGAUACUGAAUUCAGAAGUUUACUGACAACCGAAAAGUCUAUUUCUGAGCCUGAGGAUCGAAUGCAGGCUAAAAGAGAACUCAUUGACUUCGGAGACGUUAAGCGAAUGUUCAACUUGCCGGACGCUGAAACGGAGGAGGAAGAAGAUUUAGAUGAGGAAGGGGUUCUAAUUGAUGCAGAAGAGAAAAGCUAUGCCUAUGGGCUUGGAUAUCAUGUGCCGAGUGAGUAUGACGAAGCAGAGAAGAGUAAGAGGCAAGGAGAAAAUAUCGAGGAGAAUACAGUUAAGGCAGAGAAAGAGGAUGCUUUAGCCAUGGAUAAAGAGAUAGGAGCUUCUAUCUUGAAUAAAAAUUUGCUAAUAGAGGAAAGGCAAUCUCAAGUCUGCUCCAAG